AGACAGCAAGGUAUAAAGCGGCUUGCACUCGUGUGUUUUUAAAUUUUUUAUCUGGACAAAUAUUUCUCUACCAACCUCUAAGUCCAAAACUUACUACAUUCAAAUCUGAAAUUCACAAGAAAAUUUUAAAAGUUUUGUAAGACAAGAAAAUUGGUAGCACUGUGUAAUUUAAUUUAAUUAAUACUAUAAUAUUUUAAUUAUAUUUGUUUAAAUAAUGUUUAGUUUUGUCGUUUGCAGCAUGAAAUGUCAUUUUAAUUUCUAACCUAUAAAGUUCAGUUUUGGGGGGAAGACGAAUAGUUUUUCAUUUUAUUUAUUGUGCCAAUUUUGAGGUAUUAUGGAGGUAAUGGAAGUCGAAGAAGUCCCACAAGCAGGUCCCUCAACGGAGUCUAGCCAGAUUCCGUUAAAAAAAACAGAUAACCUUCCUUGGAUUGAGAAAUAUCGUCCUCAGACUUUUCAGGAAAUAGUCGGUAAUGAAGACACCACAACCCGCCUUUCAGUAAUCGCCAAACAGGGCAAUCUCCCCAACUUGAUCAUAGCCGGCCCCCCUGGAGUGGGUAAAACCACGACAAUUCUUUGUUUAGCUCGAAUUCUCCUAGGCCCAGCGUUCAAAGACGCCGUUUUGGAACUGAACGCUUCCAACGAUCGAGGCAUAGACGUCGUCCGAAACAAAAUAAAAAUGUUUGCUCAACAAAAAGUCACCCUCCCGGUUGGUCGCCACAAAAUCAUCAUCCUCGACGAAGUCGACAGCAUGACCGAAGGGGCCCAACAAGCCCUCAGACGCACGAUGGAAAUCUACAGCAAUACAACGCGAUUCGCUUUGGCUUGCAACUACAGCGAAAAAGUCAUAGAGGCGAUUCAGUCGCGGUGCGCCAUCCUGCGGUACUCGCGCCUAACAGAUGCCCAAGUCUUGGCCCGGGUGAUACAAGUGUGCCAACAGGAAAACGUUGAGUACACGCAGGAUGGCCUAGAGGCGAUUGUAUUCACAGCUCAGGGAGACAUGAGACAAGCUUUGAACAAUUUACAGUCGACUUUCAACGGUUUCGGGGUUGUUAAUUCCCCAAAUGUGUUGAAAGUCUGCGAUGAGCCCCAUCCAAUGUUAAUCAAAGAUAUGCUCAACAGUUGUGUUAAUGCCGACGUCAGAAAGGCCUAUAAGAUCAUCGACCAUUUGUGGAGUUUGGGGUACGCAGCUGAGGAUAUUAUUAAAAACAUUUUCAAAGUUUGUAAAACUAUAGACAUGGAAGAGACUUUGAAACUUGCGUUUAUUAAACAAAUUGCGAUUACGCACACGAGGGUUGUUGAUGGUUUAUGCUCCUUGGUGCAAAUGUCGGGGCUCAUUUCCAGGUUGUGCAUGGAGGCAAAGGGUCUCAAAAACGAAUGAGUAUAAUUAUAAUUGCAACUUUUUUACUGGUCCUAUUUAAUUAUAUUAUCUUUUAAAUUAAA